GGUAUCCUUAGCAGAAUUAAAACUUCCCACUAUUGUUCCAUAAUGGCACCGAACACCCUCUAGUAGUGCAUUGGUUUCAGCAGCAGUGAAGUUACAGCUUCUUGAGUCCAUGGUUCCGAUGCUUUAAUAUAGUGAACAUUGUUCAUCAAUUAUAGGCCUUGGGUCCAAUUACCUCAAUUGAACACAAGCCAAAACUAAUCAGUUGUAAUAGGUGUGUUUGAAAAGACCAACUACACAGCCAUAUAAAUCAGCCUUUCUCAGAGGAUUCACAGAGAGACAGUGAAAUGGCAGGUGUUGUCCAUCGCCACCACCACUUUGCCAGGAGAGGAUACCGUCAAAGGGUGUAUGUUGAACGUACCAAGCCACUAGACCAAUACACCACUGAGAAGCUGUAUGUCCGGUUUCGCUUUGGGAAGGCUGAUAUAGAGUACCUUGUGAACCUUCUCAGGCCAAAACUUCAACACAGAACCCAAAGGAGUCACGGUCUGUCUGUGGAAGACCAGAUCCUCAUUGCUCUCCGAUUUUAUGCAUGUGGGACUUUCUAUCAAGUUGUUGGUGACUAUAUGGGAGUGGUGAAAUCAGCUGUGUGUGAUGUGGUGAGAGAUGUCUCAAUCACACUGGCCAGCCUGGUCAAUGAAUUUGUUUCUUUUCCAAAGGACAACCAGAUUGCCCAGGCCAAGCGCAGCUUUUUUCUUUUGGGGAAUAUGCCCAAUACUAUUGGAGCAAUCGACUGCACACAUGUGCAUAUACAAGCACCUCGUGAGAAUGAAUGGGAGUUUAUAAACAGAAAGGGGAGGCACAGCAUCAAUGUCCAACUUGUGUGUGAUGCUGACCUCAUCAUCCCCAACUGUGUUGUCAAGUGGCCUGGGUCUGUCCAUGAUGCACGCAUCCUGAGGGAGAGCGCUCUAUAUAGAGACCUCCAAACCAACCGACCGGAUGGCAUAAUAUUAGGAGACAGUGCCUACCCACUCCUACCAUGGCUGAUGACUCCUUUUCUAACAGCAAAUACACCGGCACAAGCACGCUUCAACACUGCUCAUUGCAGAGCAAGAUGUGCAAUUGAGCGUUUAAAUGGGGUUCUUAAGAGGCGCUUUGCAUGCCUUAACUACCUGAGAGCAGAAACACAGAAAGCAUGCAACAUAACCCUUGCCUGUAUUGUCCUGCACAACAUUGCUACUAAGCGCAAUGUCCCUCUCUGUGCUGACAAUGAUGCACCUGAGCCCCUUGGAGACCCUAACCAACCUCCUGCAUUCUACCAGAAUGAGCAAACAGGACGUGCAACAAGGGACGCAAUAGUUAGACAUUAUUUCUGAUUUGGAUUGGUUUUGGAUUUCAAAAAUCUGUGAUUGCCAUUCUUUGCAUUUUUUGGGUUAUUCUGUAAUCAUUGCAUGCAUCACUAAUAAAUAUUGUAAAAACAA